UUAGAGGGAGUGGUUCGAUAAUGCAGCAGCCAGCGCCAGCAGCCGAAGGGUUAAACCGGCGAGGCUGUCGUUGGACGCGCCAUCCAACCGGGCUGCGUCGCUAGGGAGAGACGAGCUGCUGGUGGAGGAGCAACAGAUCUCCAGCUGCAAAACAACCCCACAUCUGGCACGCGAGCGGAGCGAUUUGGAGCAGCGCGAAGCGGCUGGCUAUUUCAAUGCGUGAUUUCAAGGCGCGACUGCGUCCUUCUCGGGCUUCCUCGUCUUGCUGCGCGGAGAAGAGGAAAAGUUGCCAGGGAUAGUUGAGGGCUCGGACGUUUCACAGUUCGGAUGAGAUCCAUCUGGGAUUUGGUGAGAGGUGACACGUUCCCCCGGGCGCAGUGGUCCUCGCUGUAGGCCCGCGCACUGCCGUGCGUAAUCAGCCAAUCUUCUGCCGCUCUUUUCUUUUCUUUUCUUUACCGGCAGCAUCUUGCGUGUUAAUGGUCGAGACGUGAGUGCAACACCUGGAGGCGUCAGCUCGAGUCUCCACAUUUGAAAACGCAGCUCUGCGUUUUCGUCGCGGCACCAGGCCGAGUUUUGCAACAGGUGGUUUCCACGGAGCGUCUCACUCCGGCGCUCGUCUGGACGACUCGGCUGUUGCGCGUGGACGAUGUGUCACACGGGCCAUUCGGAGGACGCUCCGAGGCGAGGGCCCGCCGGCCGCUGAUUCUCUGAUCCUCGCACCGGGGGGCAACAGUUCGUGGCGGAGGUGAGGGACGCGGCCGAGGGGGUCUCUGCUUCCAAAUGAUCAGCUCGGUGUGCGUGUCGUCUUACCGCGGGCGCAAGUCGGGCAACAAACCGCCGUCCAAAACAUGUCUGAAGGAGGAGAUGGCCAGGGGCGAAGACUCGGACAAGAUCGUCAUCAACGUGGGCGGCACGCGGCACGAGACGUACAAGAGCACCCUGCGCACGCUGCCGGGGACCCGCCUGGCGUGGCUGGCGGACCCGGACCCGCGGGUCGCCUCCGACCCGGACGCUGCGCCCGCGAGUGCCGCCGAGUUCUUCUUCGACAGACACCCGGGCAUCUUCGCCUACGUGCUCAACUACUACCGGACCGGCAAGCUGCACUGCCCGGCGGACGUGUGCGGCCCGCUGUUCGAGGAGGAGCUGGCGUUCUGGGGGAUCGACGAGACGGACGUGGAGCCGUGCUGCUGGAUGACCUACCGGCAGCACCGGGACGCCGAGGAGGCCCUGGAGAUCUUCGAACCGCCGGACCCGGACGACACCGACGACGACAGGGAGAUGCCGCGGCGCUUCGGCAUCGAGGACGGCCCCGACCGGUCGAGGGGCUGCUGCGAAGUUUGGCAGCCGAAGAUCUGGGCCCUGUUCGACGACCCGUACUCCUCCAGAGCGGCCAGGGGAGUUGCCUUGGCCUCUCUCUUCUUCAUCCUGGUGUCCAUCACCACUUUCUGCCUGGAGACCCACGAAGCCUUCAAUGACCUGCAGAACCGGACGGAGCAGGUUGUCGUGGGCAACGUCACACAUUCAGUGGAGAGGAGAGAGAUGGUGACCAAGCCCAUCCUCACACUGGUAGAGGGCGUGUGUGUGACCUGGUUCACAUUUGAAUUCCUGGUGCGUAUCGUCUGCUGCCCAAACAAGGUGGUCUUCAUCAGGAGCUCACUCAACAUUAUUGACCUUGUGGCCAUCCUGCCCUUCUACCUGGAGAUCGGCCUGAGUGGGCUGUCAUCCAAAGCUGCCAGUGACGUGCUGGGCUUCCUCCGAGUGGUGCGGUUUGUUCGGAUCCUCCGGAUCUUCAAACUGACGCGGCACUUUGUCGGCCUGCGCGUGCUGGGCCACACGCUGAAGGCCAGUGUCAAUGAAUUCCUCCUGCUCAUAAUCUUUUUGGCACUGGGCGUUCUCAUCUUCGCCACCAUGAUUUACUACGCCGAGCGUAUCGGAGCCAGGCCCGACGACCCCACCGGCUCCAACCACACACACUUCAAGAACAUCCCCAUCAGCUUCUGGUGGGCAGUGGUUACCAUGACAACACUGGGCUACGGAGACAUGUACCCAAAGACGUGGCUGGGCAUGAUGGUGGGGGCGCUGUGCGCACUGGCUGGGGUGCUGACCAUCGCCAUGCCAGUCCCCGUUAUCGUCAAUAACUUUGGGAUGUACUACUCGCUGGCUAUGGCCAAACAGAAACUGCCAAAGAAGAAGAAGAAGCACAACCCGAACCCGGACGCUCCGACUGACUCGGCCUCGCUGGGGAAGUCGGACACAAACUCACACAGAGACAGCACGCAGAGUGACACAUGUCCGCUGGCUGCUGAAGAGAGUGUCUGCAGGAACCGAUCAGAUUCCAAACAGAAUGGGGAUGCAAAUGUGGCCCUUUCAGAGGAGGAAGGCUGCAGCCUGACCCAGCCGCUGUCUCCCAGUGAAAAGUGGUCCCUGCGGUGCACCCGAGGCCGAGACAAGACUAAGAAAGAGGCCACCUGCUUCCUCCUAACCCCAGGAGACCCCGGUGUCCAUACUGACAGCUGUAAAGACUUCCUCGCUGCCACUGGAAACUACGCACAGCCCGAGGUCACCACUCUGACCUGAUGCCGAUUGGCCACGAAAAAGGAGGAAGAGCGUGAAGUCCGUUCUGUGCAGAGAUUCUCCCCGAUUUCGUUUCCGUCCUGAAUAAAUUGCAGACCAGAUUAUUUCUAUUUGGGACAAGAUCUUCUGUUUUUGUUUAUCAUUUAUUCACCUGUGGCAAAAAAAUCAGCUGUAAAGCUGUAGUUACUCUCAUUUCCAUGUUACAGAGCAUUUUGCACAUACUGCAUGAUCUAUUAUUGAGAAAUGUGCUGUAGCGUUAAUACACUUAUCAAUACAUGUCAUUGCUUUUCACUCAUCAAACGGGGUUCAGCAACAUUUCAAUCCGGAUCUAAUGACAGACCAGGAUUUGGUCACUGUCAAUCAAAUCGGAUCAAACUCCACCCACAGUGUCAUGAUGAAGCUUAUUAGCAGCGUUUUUGGGGGCUUAAACUCAUGUUUUUCACACAAAUUUACUCAUGAAUGUUUAAUGUUAUAGAGGAAGGCUUAAGAUUUUUCUGUUUUAACUACCUGAAAAUUUUUUUGCUCAUUGUAUAAUGCUUUUGUUUGUGUGUUUGUCCUUUCAUGUUUGUAGUAAUAUGUACAGAAAGAGCCACUUUGUGUUCUUUUUGGAUCUCAAAAAAACGUUAUUGUCAUUUGGAUGAUCGUCUUAUACCCAUGAAUGUUGUAAACUGUCCAAUAAGAACACCCAAACAACUAUGUAAUAUGAGUUUGUACAGGAAAACUGUUACUGUGAACUAGGAAUAGGUGAAAACUUGAAAUCAUUGUUCGGUCCUCAACCAAAACAGACCCAGAGUUCUUUGUUGAUCAUCCGGUCUCUGCCUUCUGUCGUGCCACCACUUUUUAACACUGACCACAGGGACAACAUGCAGAUAUCUUGUCGAGAAAACACAGCGUGGUAUGAAUGCUGCUCAGGCAACACAUUGUUUGUAAAUCCGUGUACAAUAAGAGAAUUUAAGAAAAAAAAAGAUUAUUGGAGCAGUAUUUGGAGACUGUUUAUUACAUUAGCCGUAUACAGUUGAUGCAUCAUCACAGGUUGAGUCAGGACCAAAUGUAGACUCCAUACGAUCAUAAUGGUCAAUUUUCAGUACCGUUGUUAGUAAAAAUACACGCAGUGCAAUGCCAUCAGUUCCACUUGUGCCUCAUGUUGAGUAUUGCGAUUAAUCGUGUGCAGUAACUUAGUUAGACUUGUUCUUUAACACUUCUGGUUGUGUCACAUUUGUAGAAACCCUCUGUAGUAGUUUCCAUAGAGAGAGAUGACGAAAGGGAGGUUUCUCUCACUCAUGACUUAUAAUAUGUUCCUCGUGGUCUACCAUAGUGGCCUUAUGUUUAAUGAACAAAGGAAAGCGUCAUUUCAUCUUCAUUAGACUCUGUUUCUCUGCUGACCCAGGGGUCUGUAAUUAUGUAUAAGCACAGUUUUACGUAUAUGUAGCACAGUAAAAUAUUCUGAAUCAUUCCUUUAACUCUUCUCUCCUCUCUGUAUGACAGGUUUAUGCACCAUGAAAUAGCUGUUAACCAAUAAUGAAAGAUUAUUAUUUUGAUAGAAGACAUUUUUAGCCUCACAUAUAAUGUUGUGUAUAUACUCAAAUGUGAUAGAGAAGCACACAGCACGUCAGUUUCAUAUCUCCACAUUAUGGAUUGUAUAGGAGGUGAGCGUACUGUAUGUGUGCGCGUGUGUGCCUGUGCGUGUGUGUGCUGUAUCAUGUAGGCAUGUGUUUCUAUGCAGAAAUACAAAUAAAAUCCAUUCCCCCUGGUGUUGAA